AUGGAUCAAAAGUUUUAUCUAUUAUUUCGAAUAAGAACUUUGGAAAAAGUCGCAUUUCCUUAUAAAUGUAAUUUAAUAUUUGCUCAAGUGCAAUCUUUAAUUGAAAUAAUGUACACAUAUAAAAUGUUAAUUAAAAGCAAUUUAGAUAUUUUGAAUUCAUCAGACAAAGAAUUUUGUAUAGUAGAUAAAGACAACAAGGAUGAAAGCAAUUACAAGAAACAUGAUAGUAGUAGUAAAGAAAUAGAGGAAAGUUGUAGUGGAGAGGAAGA